AUGGAUGCAGAAGAUAAGUUCGGGCCCCAUCGGGCAAAUGUUUUUGAUUUCACGAUUCUUUUCGAGCAAAGUAUCCUAUCUCUUCUUCCUACUGGGCUGUUUCUUCUACUGGUGCCGCUAAGACUGCUCCUGCUGCGGAACAAUGAGAAGGUGUCGAAAAUUGGAACUCUAUUGUGGCUAAAAUUGGCUGCGGCUGGCUGCUAUGCUUGCUUACAGAUAGCCUUAGUCGUGUUGUGGUCUCAAUCGAAACCGACCAAGACGGCCAUUACAGAAUCUGUGCUUAGCCUGGUUGAAUCGGUAGCACUUGCUUCUUUGAUCUGGGUUGAACAUAUAAGCUCCAUCAAACCUUCCAAGCUCAUCAGCGGAUACCUUGCCGUUACAGUCAUUCUCGACAUUGCCCUGGUUCGCACCUUCUGGAUACGUUCAAUGUGGGCAAUCGCGGCUGUGUUUACUUCCUCUUUUGUUUUCAAAAUUAUACUACUGAUUCUCGAGGAAAUACCAAAGCCCUCAACAGGGGAAAAGAUACCCGAGACUUCAUCAGGCGUUGUUAAUCGAAGUCUCUUCUGGUGGCUGAAUAAUCUCUUUCUCCAAGGGCAUCGCGGCAUUCUUGAAACCGAAGAUUUGCAAGCCAUUGAUUCAAAAUUUGGUACAAGCCAUGUGACGGCACCUUUAGAAGAUCAAUGGGAGAAGGACCCCAAAAACGGACAGUUUAGCCUUUUGAAGUGUACCUUCCUUGCAUACAAAUGGCAGUUUGUGGCAGGCAUCUUCCCUCGACUUCUUCGGAGCGGUUUCAACUUCGCCCAACCAUUCCUCAUCCAAUCUGUUAUCGUUCUUGUUGGCCGGAAGGAAAUGUCGGUACAGAUCUCUAGUGGUCUCAUCGGCGCCACUCUACUCAUCUAUCUCGGCCUUGCCAUAUCUGGCGCAUGGUACAAGCACCUCUCAUUCCAAAUGGUCACGAUGUAUAGAGGCGGUUUAGUAUCGUUGAUCUUCAAGAAAACGCUAAAGCUCAAGACGACGUCUGUCAAGGACUCUGCCCCCGUUACACUCAUGACAACCGAUGUCGAAACAGUUGUAGCUGCUGGCUCCUCGAUACACGAUAUGUGGGCGAACCUACUCGAACUUCCCGUUGGUAUUUAUUUACUGUACCGUCAAGUCGGCCACCCAAGCCUUCUCGUGCUGGUACCAACACUGAUUACUACCAUUCUGAGUGGGGUUAUCUCCCCAGCAAUGGAACCAGCAACAAUGCGAUGGAACGAGAUGGUUCAAAGGAGGGUGGGUGAAACAUCAACCAUGCUGGAUCGAAUCAAAGGCGUCAAGAUGAUGGGUCUUACAGACUUCUUCGCCCAAACUGUGCAGGGUUUGAGAGUUCAAGAGUUGAAGGUGUCUGCAAAAUUUCGAUGGUUACUAGUGCAUUUCACCACACUUGCCAUGGUCUCUGCUCAGGUAACGCCGGUCGUUGUAAUACUUUCGGCCAUAUACUGGUCCAAAUCGGACGGAGGCUUGAAUGUUGCUGAAGCAUUUACAUCGCUUUCCUUGGUAUCGCUAGUUACUCAGCCACUUGUCAUGCUUCUUGUUUCUUUGAUGCAGAUUGCCGGAGUUGUGGCCGGCUGUGGAAGGAUUCAGACGUUCCUUCUACUGAAAGAGCAAAACAAGAUGGCGACAGAAGAUCCUGGAAAUGGCUUAGCUGUAGCUCUCAAGGAUGCGAGCUUUCACACCGAUGAUGGAAGUAUACUUCUCACCGACAUCAAUCUGCAUAUCCCCCGGGGGUCUAUCAGCAUGGUUGUGGGGAAGGUGGGAAGUGGAAAAUCGUCUCUACUCAAAGCUAUCAUCGGAGAGAACAUAUCAUCAGAAGGAACUGUCAAGUCGGAGACUUCUCCCGCUUACUGCGACCAGGUGCCAUGGCUUCGGAACACUACAAUCAGCAAAAACAUCAUUGGCCAAUUAGAGCUGGACGAGAUGUGGCUAUCCACGGUCAUACACUCUUGUGUGCUUGAAGAAGAUCUGGCCCAGUUGCCUCAUGGUCGAGAGACUAUUGUUGGAUCGGGAGGCGUGGCUUUAAGUGGUGGACAGAGGCAACGUGUUGCUCUCGCUCGCGCUGUCUACUCCCGUAGCAGCCUUGUUGUUCUUGACGACGUCUUCAGCAGUCUUGAUAAAACAACAGCUGAUACAGUCUUCCAUCGAAUUCUUGGGGAGAAUGGGUUACUUCGGGCAAGCACUGUCAUCCUGACAACGAGUGAUGCCCACUAUCUUUCCUUUGCCAACUACAUCACAGUGGUUGAAGACGGCCAAAUUACUAGGAAUCAGGUCACAUACGCCCAAUUCGAACCUAGUGAAGUAUGCAAAGCCAUCACUCCCGCUGAAACACCUGAGACCGUUCCAGAAAGCAUUGCCAGGCUUGAGCCAAAGAAGGAGAUCGAUUUGUCGCGAAAGACUGGCGAUACAGGGUGCUACAAGAUUUAUGUUAGAUCAAUGGGCUGGAAGGUCAUCAGUAUUGUCUUUCCCGCUUCAGUGGUUGGUGCGGUACUGGAAGUCAUGCCUCAAAUCUGGCUGAGGGUCUGGACAGAGCAAGGGGAGGGUUCAAAAGACGCCAAAUACGCAGGAGGCUAUGUUGGACUUGCUAUUUCCUCCAUGAUCCUAGCACUUCUGAACAUCGACUACUUCCUCAUCGUUGGUGUCGAAAAGUCAUCCAACAAUCUCCACGAGCAGCUUCUGAAUACUGUUUGCAGAGCCCCUUUGCAUUUCUUCACAACAACCGAGAGCGGGAGCAUCUUGAACCGAUUCAGCCAAGAUAUGACGCUGAUAGACAUGUCACUUCCUCUGGCGUUUUAUCUCACCCUCGAUUUAACCCUGCGCGGUUUGGUACAGACAGGAGUUGUUGCAUCUGGGGCAAAUUACUAUGGGACUUUCCUCCCACUUUCCUUCCUUGCGCUGUAUCUCAUUCAAAAGUACUAUCUCCGUACCUCCAGGCAGAUGAGACUCCUUGAUCUGGAAGCAAAAACACCGCUUUACACGCAAUUCGCCGAAAUCACUGCAGGUCUAUCGACUGUCCGUUCGUUCGAUUGGUCAAAAGAACUUUUGAACGAGAGUUUCGAGUUGCUGAACACAUCGCAGAAACCUUUCUAUCUGAUGUUCUGUAUCCAGAGGUGGCUUGAGUUGGUACUUGAUCUCUUUGUCGCUGGGAUGGCGGUGCUAUUAGUUACGAUAGCCUUGCGAGUUCCAGGCACGACAAGUGAAGGCGCGAUAGGACUCGCUAUGGUCAAUUUACUUGGUCUCAACCUGACUCUAACAACAGUGAUAGAUCAAUGGACAACUCUGGAAACGUCCUUAGGAGCCAUAGCCAGACUCAAAGCAUUCAUCGGCAGUACACCAAACGAAAACAAGGAAGUGGAGACAGAAAUGCCAGACAACUGGCCCGGAGGCAAGAUCGAAAUUGAAGAGAUCACAUCUUCAUAUAGCCUGGACAGAAAGUCUGUCUUUGUGGACGUUCUGGAAGGUAAGACGCGCCCCAUCUAUCAGGACGAAGCUGACAAUGCAGUGAGCGGAACUAUUCGCAUCGACGGCCAAGACCUCGCAACAAUAUCACGACAAUAUAUCAGAUCGCGGAUCCUGACAAUACCUCAAGACCCCAUCACUUUGUCAGGUACUGUGCGGAAGAACCUGGACCCGGAAGAGCGCGUUCAGGCAGAUGAGAUGCUCAUCCAAGCUUUGAAAAAAACGACCCUAUGGCCGACUGUUGAAACUCGUGGAGGGCUGGAUGCAGAUCUGUCUGCCCUCGGCUUCUCGGUCGGACAACUCCAGCUCUUUUGUCUUGCACGAGCUUUGCUUUCUCACUCGCCCAUUGUCCUUCUCGACGAACCAACAAGCAGCGUUGAUAGAAAUACGGAUGAGGAAGUGCGCAACAUCAUCCGAGAAGUUAUGCAUGGCCGCACCAUCAUUGAAGUCACACAUCAAUUAGAUCAUGUCACAGACUUCGACAUUGCUGUUGUCAUGGAAAGUGGUAGAAUAAUCGAGACGGGCGAACCGCGAGAAUUGCUAGCCCGUGAAUCAGCCCUGAGAGCGUUACGAGGAUAA